AUGGAUGAAGUCCAUACCGAGAUCUCCAAGAUUAACGGAAGGAUCGAUAAACUGCAAAACUACGUGGUUGAAUUGCACAUUAAACAGAAUGACGAGCUGUCAGCUAGGAUCGUAGCUGUUGCGAAUAGGGUUGAUGGAUUGAAGAGAGAAUUCAAGAUUUUCGUUGAUCAAGUUCAUAUCAAGGAAAUCAACAGAGUCCUUUUAGCUGCUGGAAGAUGGGCACAUCCCGUUCCUACUCUCAAAGGGAACUAUGGUCCUGAGAAACUCGAGACAUGGAACGAUGGUCGAUGGACCUUAUACGUUCCCGACGUAAUCAAGAACCUCCCCAAAGAGCAACUUGAUCAAUGGCUCGAAUCAUACUGGAUCGGCGAACAUUCACGAAACUUCACUUUUCUCAAGGACGUCCCUGUUCACGUCAAGAGAGCUAUUCUGUUCUAUUUCAUCGGUGGGAAAUGCGAUCCUAAUUUCUUCCCUAAUGAACAAAAAGCUAUUCACUUCUAA